AUGUCAAGCAAGGUGGAUGAAGAAAGUUCUACAGGGACACCGGUGUUACCGGAGAGUCGAACAGUGGAAGCAGCCAAGCAUUUGUUUUGUGGAGGCAUCGCUGGUUCAGUGGCCAAGACAGUGACUGCUCCCUUCAGCAGGCUUACAAUUCUAUUUCAGGUUCAUUCCAUGGUGACAACGAAAGAGCACAGGCCCAUCUUUGCCAUGAGCUUACGAGAAGGCGUUCAGAAGAUAUUGGAGCGGGGUGGCUUUAUCAGCCUUUGGAAGGGAAAUCUGACAUCAGUGCUUCAUCGAUUUCCCUACUCUGGAAUCAACUUCUUUGUCUAUGAAAACGUUCUAGAUAUGCUAACAGAGAAUCAUGAAGACCCCAUCGAGACAUCAACGCAACUGGCCAGGCGGAUGUCCCAUCGAAUCAUGAAUAGCAAGGAGGAAGAGCAGAAUACGGCAAUCAGCAAUGACCAUAGUGGCCAAGAAUCAUCACAAGCUUACCACAAGUUUCUCGCAGGAGCUAUAUCAGGAUCCAUUGCUUGUUGCGCGUGUUACCCCUUGGAUUUGGUUAGAACGAGGCUGACCACUGAGCUCGAAGGAAGAGAACAUUACAGGGGCAUAGUCGAUGCAGUCCGCAAGAUUUACACAAGCGAAGGACCUUUGGGUUUCUACUCGGGGCUUGGUCCAACGCUUGCCGUGGCUGUCCCCAAUUUCUCUAUUUCCUUUGCAGUCUAUGGGACAAUGAAGGAGUAUGCGUUGGAUGACGAAUUGUUCUAUAAUCUGCGACGAAUUGAUGCUGAUAGUGGGGAAGAAAAGAUUGGUCUGGUCCUAACCGUUUUAUGUGGUGCCUGUAGUGGAACAAUGGCCACCUUGGUAACAUUUCCAUUUGAUACGAUAAGACGAAGGAUGCAAGUCCAAAGCCUUCACGUUCCUCCUGAAUUGAGGUUGAAUUCGUUUCAACAAUUCUAUCACCUUGUCCACAAAGAGGGGCUGAGAAGUAUUUAUCGCGGUCUCACACCUGAGCUGCUCAAAGUGAUACCGAUGGUUGGCACAAUGUUCACAGUGUACGAAUUCGCUAAAGAGCAUUUAAAUGUCAAAUAG